GCAGGCGGCGAGCGACUAGCGUACAGGUGAACCACAAAUAGAAAAGAAAAUUCAGUAAAGAUGGUGAGCCAGGACGGUCGACUGGCGGAACGGUUUUAACGUUUCUAAUGUCUAAAUUGUUAGUGAACGUCCACCCUUAUUGCGGCCAAUAUGUGAGUGAGGGUUCAUGAGUUUGCAGCUGGUAGGAAUAAGCGCGGGUCAAUUUGGAGUGCGGGACAAAGCUCGCGAUAAACGAAGGUACGGCCAAGAAGAUGUGCUUUGUUUAUGGAGAUCAGCUGUGUUACCAAACAUUCGUGUCGCUUUCGCCUGGCCGCGUCUGCACGACGCUUCUAUUUUCGUCGGAUAAAGAUGCUUACGGAGCAACUGUCAACCGGUAGUUAAUUAAUCUUAAUGACAUGAAAGAAUGAAACGAGAAACUGUCAUUACCUGUGUAGAGCCAAACCGACGAGCGAAAACGAUGACAACGGUAUUGGAUGGCAGCUACCAACGCAUGGAGCCGUACGAGGGGGAGGAGGACGAUGGAGAAGACGAUGACAAGCAUGAGGAAACACCUCAAGAGUCUGGCGUGAUGAUACAUGUGGUACCUGAAGGAAACAAGGCCAGAUGGAAUCACAUAGAAGAUCUGGAUUCAUUUUUUACAAGGAUGUAUCACUACCACCAGAAGCAUGGGUUCACUUGUAUGAUGUUGCAAGAAGGGCUCGAACUAGGACAAUUCAUUUUUGUAGUUACCUUUUCCACUUUUCUCUUUCAUUGCAUCGACUACUCCGUAUUAUUUAAAGAUAAAGUAAUGAACAAUACCUCGCACAAAACGUCGAUAAACGACGCUAUACUGUCUACCGGGGAAUGUACGGCGUCCAUGGGUCUGAUCACUUGGAUUUGUAUUUUGGUAGCCGCGAUCUUUUGGAUUCUAAGAGCGGUAAAAGUUUUAUACCAUCUCACACAGUUCUGGGAUAUAAAAUUGUUCUUUAACACCGCUCUCAAAAUCGAAGACUGCGAUUUGGAUAAUUUGACCUGGUACGAGGUACAGAAGCGAGUAAGGGAAGUUCAAAAGGAGCAGGAGAUGUGUAUUCAUAAAAGAGAGCUUACGGAGUUAGAUAUAUAUCAUAGAAUACUAAGAUUCAAAAACUACAUGGUGGCUAUGAUCAACAAGUCCUUGCUGCCCGUACGACUCAAAGUCCCUAUCAUAGGAGAAGUUAUUUUCAUGACCAGAGGAUUAAAGUAUAACAUGGAAUUGCUUCUAUUUUGGGGACCUUGGUCGCCAUUCGAAAACAAUUGGCACUUGAAAGGAGAUUAUAAGAAAUCUAACAAGAGGCAAGAACUUGCAAGAGCUUUGUCUAAACACAUUCUAUGGGUUGGAAUAGCAAACUUUGUACUCUGUCCCUUGAUCUUACUAUGGCAGAUACUAUAUUCUUUUUUUAAUUAUGUAGAGAUCAUCAAACGAGAACCAGGUACACUAGGCAUAAGAAUGUGGUCUUUAUAUGGUCGACUGUAUCUCCGCCAUUUCAACGAACUCGAUCACGAAUUGAAUGCGCGGUUGAACCGUGCAUACCGUCCAGCUUCAAAUUACAUGAGUAUAUUUACGUCCCCCAUUAUGACAGUUAUCGCAAAGAACAUCGCUUUCGUGGCUGGAAGUAUACUAGCAGUUUUAUUAAUAUUGACCGUGUACGACGAGGAUGUUUUGACCGUGGAACACGUCUUAACUACUAUAACAAUACUGGGUGCUGUGGUGGCCGGUGCCAGGGCAUUUAUACCUGAUGAGAAUUUGGUCUGGUGUCCGGAAACACUUUUAACCGCUGUCCUAGCGCAUACACACUACAGGCCGGAUAGCUGGCGUGGCCAUGCUCAUACCCAAACGACUAGAGCUCAGAUGGCACAGCUGUUCCAGUACCGUGCAAUUUACCUUUUAGAAGAAUUAAUUUCCCCCUUACUGACGCCUUUUAUUUUGUGCUUCCACAUGAGGCAACGAGCCUUGGACAUCGUUGACUUUUAUCGCAAUUUUACCAUCGAAGUCACAGGAGUGGGUGAUGUGUGCAGUUUCGCGCAAAUGGACGUUCGAAAGCAUGGUAACCCCAUGUGGCAAACAGUGACACAGAGCCCAAUUCUGGAAGACCACACCGCAGGAUAUGACAAUCGUUACUGUAUGGACCCGGAGAAGCUUCAGAUUCCUGUGUCUAAUCAGUACACCCAGGCUGAAGACGGGAAAACGGAGUUAUCUCUCAUACAUUUCACUCUGACCAAUCCCGAAUGGAAACCACCAAAUGAAGCUAAGAAUUUUGUGACUGCCCUCAGAGAAAGGGCCAAGAAAGAAGUGCAAGGAGUACCUGGAGAAAUUAAUCCUCUGUUAGCAAGUCUGAACAGUUUGUCAGGUCUUGGACCAGGGUACAAUGACAUAGUGUCCAACAUAAUUCGUAGUACGAUGGUGAAUCAAAUGAGUAUGCCCAGUGUGAAUAAUGUAUUUAUGAAUCAACCUGGCACCUCAACUGCAUCGGUUAUGGUGGAGGAACCUAUGAUUAUGAAAUCAGACAUUUUGUUGCACCCUGUUAGACAUGGUUCAAGCAAAGUGGAGGGUCCAAUAUAUAACGACAAAGGGUUCCUUUCCGGACUGCAACAAGGAAUGACGAACCAAUCUAUAGGCGCUUCUGUCUUUGGUUCAGGUCCUGAUUUUUCAAAUGAUUUGUCCGUACCAGUGGAAUUAACUGCUGUCGAUAUGUCUCUGUCUACAUUGUACCUGCAUGAACUUCAUCACAGACAAAUUCAGAGGAGAGGUUAUCAAGAGAUGGCCACUAAGAGUAUAUGGCAGCGAAGCCCUGUUCAAGAGUUAGCUACGCUUCCUGAGGUUAGGCAAGAGAGAGCACCCUUGCUGCUGCAUCAGGAUUCUUCGAUAAGGAACAAUAGAGAAUCAAAAUACAACUUGAACACUCAUUUGAAUAGCAUCUGAACAAUGUGAGCAGUGAUUCAUCAUCAUCGUCAUCACCGUUCUGAGAAUAAACUGAUUUUUAUUCGCCUCACGACUGCGAGGACCUCAUCAUUUCUUUUGUGUCAAGGGUAUAGCUUCUGUGUUAUCGAUGUAAAUACAAAAAUUAAUGAUACGUUGCUUGACUAGACUCGCGUGAAGGGGUCAACAAUUUCGAGGAAUGCCUACUUUGACCUGAAGGGCCUAAAUACGAGUGGAUACGAGUAAUCUAUUGUUGUGUUCUUUCGAAAUGUUGCUGUUCAUGCGCUUGCACAAGGCAUUGAAUUCUAUACGAAUUCGCUAGGGGCAUAACUAAAAGAAAGAUAACAACAUUAUUGCGUUUAUUUGCAAAACACGAAUCUUCUCUAUGUGAUAUAACGUCGUCUCCUAGUUUCCCAAUGCCACGAUUCUCUAGUCAUGUGAAAUUAAUCGCGCGCCAUAGAAUAAACAUUUAUUUAUUUGUUGAACGUAGUUACUCGAUCAACACGGUGGCUGAACGUGAACGGCCGAGGCACGCGUAAACAUCGCCUGUAUAUAUUACGCGAAUAUCUCUUUGUUUUCGACACUGUCAUGGCGCAGCUAAGGACCCCGAGGCAAGCUUUGUCCUUUCCGAAAAGAAAAACAACUUGCGGGUUUCUACGAGGCACAGAGGGACAAUUUAGCUCAUCAUUAUUCUUUAUUGCGCGUAAUACGUUCACUAACUCGCAUAAUGACAACUAUGGCUCAUGCAUUAACGAUCUUUCAAUAAAAAAUAACGCGUAACAAAAAUUACUACGAACAUAGUUUUUACUGGCAAAAUCUUCGAAGCUAUUAUUAUGAAUAAUAAUAAUGAAUAAGUAAAUAAUAAUUUAAGGGAUAUCUGUAAUUUAUCAUUA